GGGCGUAUGUCAGCUGGAUCAGCAAGAGAGAGCAGCUAGAGAGGGAGCCACAGCACAGUGAGAGAGUGUGUGUGUAUGAGCGUGCCUGCCUGCCUGCCUGCCUGCCUGCCUUCCUGCUUACUUGCCUGACUGACUGUGUGUGUGUGUGUGUGAGAGAGAGAGAGGGAGAGUCAGGGAGCGUUUGGAUACUAUUCCACCAGACUGCAUGUCUCUGGCAUCACUAAGGAGCAGCACACACGUUACAGAGACUAGGGCAGAACCAGAGUUCUGACCGAUCUGUAGGCCGGGAAGACACCAGGACAGAGUACGGGGGAGUAAGCAGACAAGACAGCCUAGACCAGGCCUAGCUGAGAAUCUCUAUCAUGGCGUCCAACAACACAGCAAGCAUUGCCCAGGCCAGGAAACUGGUAGAGCAGCUGAAGAUGGAGGCCAACAUCGACAGGAUAAAGGUGUCCAAAGCAGCAGCAGACUUAAUGUCGUACUGCGAAGCCCAUGCCAAAGAGGACCCGCUCCUGUCACCGGUGCCUGCAUCCGAAAACCCUUUUAGGGAGAAGAAGUUCUUCUGUGCCAUCCUGUAAACGGGGUGUGAUUUAUUUGGUCUGACAGGAAGUCUGCUCAUCUUGGGACAUGAACGAGGACGUUCAAUAUGUAGACAUCUUCUAACAGAUGGGCAUGGAGGAGUACUAGUGUCUCUUUCUCUACAAUGGAAGCUAAAGCAGGCAAUUAAAAACCACAAAGUAACAUGUAAUCAUUUACAGCGGUCUGAUCUGACCUGAUCUGAGGGGUGUUGUUGAGGGCUGUGCAGCAUGUUUGAUGGAUCAAUCUGUGUAGUCAAAGGACAACCGAAGAUAGUAUGGUUAUCCACCCAGAAACAUGAUGGACAACCAAUCACCAAGUCUUCAGGUUGUGUUUAAAAUAAAAAAGAAUGAAGGAAAAAACUAAACAAAAAAUAUUUUGUGGUUCUUCUGGAACAUGAAAUCCAAGUGUUAUGUUAAAUGGUUUGUGGUGGGUUGGGUUGGGUAGGGUAGAUGAGCUGGGUAACUGAGCUGCUUACCACAAGAUACUACCGCCUGUUUAUUGCAAUGUUUUUAUUUUUGCUGUUGUUUAUUUUAUGCAGAUUUUGAUUUUGAGGUUAAUUGGUUUGGCUAUAUCACUUAGAUAACUUUAUAUUAUUGUAUAUGAUUACUGAAACAGCUGUUUUAAUAA